AAAUGGGCGGAGAAAGAAACGGGGGAAGUAAAAAGCGUGAAGCUUCGAGGCCGGGCCUUUGUUUUUCUCGUGUACUAAAAAAUCCAAAAGCCGAAAAUUCUCUUCUUUCUUACUCCCGCAACCCCAGAAUCAAUCAGAUCUACUCUUCAUUUCUUCUCAAUCCAUUCGCUUUUUCAAAUAUCACUGUAUCCAAGCACCGCCGGAAUUGCCCGUUGUUUCUGAAUCUGAUCAAGCGUAUUCUGCUGUGUUUUUUUUUCCUUGCCCACCAGCUGUUUGUGUUAUUGUGAGUGGAUGAAUCGAUUUCAUUGCGCGAGCUCAAUGUGAGAUUCUUUUCUGUUCCGACACCACAUUCGUUCCGGUCUCCCCCUUUUCCUUCCCGAGGGGCGGAUCUGUUGGUGUUUUUUUUUUUUUUUUUUUUUUGGUUCUUCGAUUGGAGUUUUGAUUGCCGGCGAGGAGCUAUUUGCUGGUUUUACUACAGUAAAUUGAGGUUGUUAGCGAGUGUGGAAUCGAAAAUGGAGAUAGACAGGAAAUCACCGUCUUCAUCAGUGUCCGAUGUCGGUGCUUGGGCUAUGAACGUCAUCAGUUCGGUCGGAAUUAUCAUGGCGAAUAAGCAACUCAUGUCCUCCGGCGGCUAUGCUUUCACUUUCGCCACAACAUUGACUGGUUUCCAUUUUGCUGUCACUGCACUUGUUGGCAUGAUAUCAAAUGCGACGGGAUUUUCCGCAUCAAAGCACGUACCAUUCUGGGAACUCCUCUGGUUCUCAAUUGUGGCAAAUAUGUCUAUCACAGGGAUGAAUUUCAGCCUCAUGCUAAACUCAGUUGGAUUUUACCAAAUCUCAAAGUUGAGCAUGAUUCCAGUGGUAUGUAUAAUGGAAUGGAUCCUUCAUAACAAGAAGUACUCAAAAGAAGUUAAAGUGGCUGUUGUGGUAGUUGUCAUAGGUGUGGGUGUCUGCACCGUGACAGAUGUGAAAGUGAAUGCCAAAGGAUUCAUAUGCGCUUGUGUCGCAGUUUUUGCAACAUCCUUGCAGCAAAUCUCAAUAGGCUCCCUGCAGAAGAAGUACUCUAUCGGAUCAUUCGAACUAUUGAGUAAAACCGCUCCUAUCCAAGCAUGCUCUCUCCUUGUACUUGGCCCGAUAAUCGACUACUAUCUUUCCGAGAAACUAAUUUUCGACUACAACUUUGGUUUUGGAGUCACAUUAUUCAUACUCCUAUCAUGUUCGCUAGCUGUGUUCUGCAACGUGAGCCAAUACCUAUGCAUAGGCCGUUUUUCCGCCGUUUCUUUCCAAGUUUUAGGUCACAUGAAAACAGUGUGCGUUCUUACAUUGGGAUGGGUGCUCUUCGAUUCCGAGCUUACGUUCAAGAACAUCAUGGGCAUGCUUGUUGCAGUUGCGGGCAUGGUUAUUUACAGUUGGGCGGUCGAACUCGAAAAGCAGGCUAAUAACAAGAUAUCUUCACAUGCGAAAAACAGCUUGACAGAAGAGGAAUUCCGAUUGCUCAAGGAGGGACUAGAAACAACUCCUCUUACGGAUACCGAGCUCGUCGCUUCGAAGGUGUAGGGCAGGUCCCGUUAUAGUUUUGUGUAGUUUAUAUAGAAGUUGUGGUUAUUUAUUUUUAUUUAUUCAGCAAGUAAACCUUCUAUUUAUCCUAUGUUAUAGAACUACAGAUGAUGCAGAAGUUGAAAAGUCAAAAGAGUAUGGGAUGGUCAGAAAUUGUGGAAGGGAGACUCUUUUAAUAUUUUAUUAAGAUCUUUAUAGUUAUGUCGGUUGAAUACCCUAUUCUUUUCUUUCUUUAUUUUUUAUUUUAUUUUUUUAUUUAUAAUGUUGUGUGAAGUUGGAUCUCAUAUAAUACUAUAGUUGAAUUUUUCUUUAA